GUAAUGCAAGUAUAACACAAGGAGUGAAACGUGCGCCAUCUAGUGGCAGAACAUUUUUUUUCUUGGUUUCUUUUUUUUUUACCAGUAUUCACAUUCAACCACCUGUAUGUUUUGCUUCAUACUUUUGUACAUAUAUUUUUGCGUCAGCGUGCAUAAAUAUCGUCACUUCACAUCAAAUAAUUGAACGAAACAGGCUUUUAUUUUGAAGGAAAACACACCGGGACGGACUGUUUUCAUAACAUCCGUUUAACCCGGAAGCUCUAACUAAGCCUGUUUGCUAGCGAUGAUUUUUACUUCAUUGUUCAGAUGUUUUUAAACGAAGGAAUGGCGUGUACAAGCAAAUCUUUGGGUCCCCCUCUCCCUCCAGCCUCCCUCCGCCUGCUCGUCCCCCCGGUGCGGCUGAUGGCCGCUUUCAUGUGGCGGGCGGUGCAGCAGCACAGCGUGAUGCAGUACGGCAGGCUGGUGGACUUCAUCGGUUUGGCCACGGAGGUCGUCCCAGAGCUCCUGAGUCCCAGCCAGAAAGCUCAGCUCAUCCUGGGCCUGAGAGCGAGGCUGGUUCUGGAGCUGUGUCGAGGUGAUGGUGUUGCCAACUUGCGGACCAUCCAGAGCCACCUGGAUAAGAUCCACGCCUGCAGCGCUGAACUGAGCUCUGAUGAUGAUCACAUGGCCACUGGUGAUACACUGAAGACCUCUUACAUCAACUUUGCCGGACUCGUUCAGAACCUGUUGAACGUUCCUUUCGAAAAGGAGUUCUUCUUCCAGGAGGUUUUCCCCUUAAACUACGGCUCAAACUACGACCAAAGACUGCAGCAGCUGGUGUCUGAGUUCCUUUCCAGACUGGAGCAGCUGCUGCUCUCCCCAGACCUACAACAGACGGCAGCGUGGCUCACGGAAACGACCUCGGCGUCGGAGGAAUUGGGAGCCAAUCUGUCGGACCCGUUUGCCCUGAAGAGUCUGCUGCUUCAUCACAGGCAGCUGGGGACUCUGAGCACGGCUCCUUCCAGCCCCGAGGAUGAUAUCCUUUUGUCCAUUUUGGCCCUCCCUGCUCAAACUGGAAUGGACAGGUUCAACGAGCCUUACAGUAAAUACAAUGAUUGCGACAACGAGAAAGAGACUCUGGCACCGGAAGAUUUAGAAGGAGAAUCGAGUCAAGGCGCCGACAUCACUGCAAAUGAGAAAAGAGAAUCAGGCCCUCUGUCACGUUUAUUCAUCUGCCCACAGUGUUCAUUCACUCACCGCACAAAGAGGAAAGUCCAAGAGCACAUCCAGAGUGAGCACCACCUCGUCAGAGCUCAAAACAAACAACCCGAGAAGAAAGCCAGAGCAAAGACCCAGCAGAAAAGAAAAGACUUUAACGGUAAAACAAAGAAACUAGAGGACAGUUCGGAGAGAAAAGGGAAACACAAACUAAAGGUGUGUAUUGAGAAAAGGUGCGGGCGUAUGCAGAAGAAGGACAACCUAGAAAACAAGGAACAACGACGCCGCGCGGCGCCCGCGGGGGAGGACAAGAGGUUCCUGAGCACGCGAACCGUCCACAAAAACUUCACCGAUGAAGAAACCAAAUGCCUGAAAUGCCAGAAGGUUUUUGACCUCCCGAAUCAGCUGAAGACUCACAUGAAGCUGCACAGCUUCCCGUACCGCUGCAACCACUGCGAGAAGGGAUUCACCAGCCCGUCGGGUUACUACCAGCACCAGCGGCUCCACAAGCGCGGGCGGACGUUCGCCUGCAGCCGGUGCGACAAGGGCUUCCUCUGCAGCUAUUCGCUCAAGCAGCACCAGCGGCUGCACGAGGGCCCCGCCCACUUGUGCACCGUGUGCGGGAAAAGCUUCAGCAAAGCCGGGAUCGCCAGACACAUGCAGAUGCACAAAGGGGAGCGGAACUACCUGUGCACCACGUGCGGCAAGUGCUUCCUGUCCUCCGGGGAGCUGCUGCUGCACACGCGCUCGCACACGGGCGAGACGCCGUACACCUGCACGCACUGCGGGAAGGGCUUCUCCAGCAAGAGCCACCUGAGCGUGCACACGCGCUCGCACACGGGGGAGCGCCCGUACAGGUGCGGCGAGUGCCCGAAGCGCUUCCUCACGCUCAACUGCCUGAAGAGACACGCGCUCAGCCACAGCGGGGUGAAGCCCUUCAAGUGCCCCAGCUGCGAGAGAGAGUUCUCCCAGCAGGGGAACCUGAAAAGGCACCUGGCGACGCACAAGCCGGACACGUGAACCAGGGGGCGCGGUUAGAAGGCGGGACGUGGGUGUGAUUUAGUAACCUGCCUUAAAUAAAGGUUUUGAAAUAGUUA